AUAUACUCUGUUUACUAAAUCCAAACAGAUUUCCAGAAACUGCUACCAUUGCAAUAUCCUUGUAUUCACAUUCUCUUCUAAGGUCAGUGGAAACUGAAAAAUGGCGCUCUCAUUUGCAGUUGUAGCUUCCUCAUCUUCAAUAAUGUGCAAAGCUACUAACGCCAACAACCAUUCGCAUCUUCAAGACCUAUCGUACAUCAAACGCGCCGCCCUUAUAUCCGACAAGUCUGCUGGGUUUACUUCCCCGCACCCAAAUUUUGGAUGCGUUAUUGUUACACCCUCGGCCGAGGUGGUUGGGGAAGCUUACUUGUAUGCCCAAGGUACAAAGCCGGCGGAGGUUCUGGCAGUUGAGGCCGCCGGCGAACUGUGUAGAGGCGCGACCGCUUAUGUUAAUAUGGAGCCUGGAGAUUGCCAUGGGGAUCACACCGCCGUCUCCGCUCUUGUUCAGGCAGGGAUCACAAGGGCUGUUAUUGGAAUGAGGCAUCCUCUGCAGCAUCUAAGAGGAAAUGCUAUACGUGCAUUUAGGAGCCAAGGUUUGCAGGUUGAUGUUCUUGGAGAGGAUAUGCAAAGUAAACUUGUGGAGGAAGCUCGAAAGGCAUGUCUCCUUGUCAACUUACCUUUUGUUUAUAGAGCUGCUUCUCGUGUUCCAUUUUCUGUUCUCAAGUAUGCAAUGACCCUUGAUGGUAAAAUAGCUGCAAGUAGUGGACAUGCGGCAUGGAUAAGUAGCAAGUUGUCUAGGAAUCGAGUUUUUGAGUUACGGGGUAGAAGCGAUGCCAUUAUAGUUGGAGGGAACACUGUGCGUAGGGACAACCCAAGACUGACAGCAAGACAUGGAGGUGGGCAUAUGCCAAUUCGAAUUGUACUGUCUCAAUCGCUUGAUCUUCCUGAGGAGGCAAAUCUUUGGGACCUAUCUGAUGUAUCUACUGUAGUUGUAACACAAAGGGGAGCAAGGAGGAGUUUCCAGAGAUAUCUUGCAUCUAAAGGAGUUGAGGUAGUGGAGUUAGACAUCUUAAACCCUAGGGAUGUAAUGGAAUAUUUUCAUGACCGUGGAUACCUCUCCAUUUUAUGGGAGUGUGGAGGAACUCUAGCUGCAUCUGCUAUUUCAUCGGGUGUAAUACACAAGGUUUUUGCAUUUGUUGCUCCUAAAAUUAUUGGUGGGAAGAAUGCUCCUUCUCCUGUGGGUGAGCUUGGGAUGGUUGAGAUGUCUCAAGCACUGGAUUUGAUUGACGUUUGCUUUGAGCAGAUUGGACCUGAUAUGCUCAUCAGUGGAUUUCUUCAGCCUAUACCAGAUUUAACGCCCACUAUUCCUUCAGAAGAUGAAACCUUUGCUAUUGACCCUACUGUUGCUCCUUUUGAGACAAGCAUCAUAUUCUUCUAUAAAACAUGGGAUCUUUAUGGCGCCUUCUCAAAUUUUUCUCCUCAUACAAUUCAAAUGCCCGAUGAAGAUGGUAAUUAUGUCACUUGGUUUAGCGUAGAGCAUUAUUACCAGGCAAACAAGUUCAUCGGAGUCAUCAAUCCUCUAGCACAGGAUUGCAUAGACAAAAUAAAAUCAGCAAAAAGUCCAGAGGAAGCAGCACGAAUGGGAAGGCUAACACAGCGGCGACACCCUCAUCUGGUGAGAUCUGAUUGGGAAAGUGUGAAGAUUGAUGUUAUGUAUAGGGCACUAAAAUGCAAGUUCUCGAUAUAUCCUCACUUGAAUUCCAUGUUGCUAUCGACUGCCGGGUCAGUCCUAGUUGAAGCUUCGCCUCAUGACCUUUUCUGGGGUGGUGGGCGGGAUGGUGAAGGCCUGAAUUAUCUUGGCAGGCUGCUGAUGAAGUUGAGGUCAGAGUUUCUUGGUGAAUCAUCUGCUGCAAGUGAAAACACCUGCAUAGCUUUAUGAUGUACAUAAAAAUGAAAAUAAAUGAAAUUGAUCCUGCAUAGACCCACAUUUGAUCUGUAUUGUAACAAUUUAUAUUAUACAAAGAAAGUUUAGGUUAAGUUUUGAGUUAAAAUUAUCAUAGUAUUGUUUUCGGUUGGAAUUUUGUUUUCUUAUUCUAUCAGAAAAUGCAUUCGGUUUUGAACUUA